CCCCAGCCCUAUAUUUCGUGCUAUAACUUAAUAAUUAUAAAAGUUAGCGUUCCCAUCUUUUGGAAAUAAGUUCUUUGGUUAUCUGAGGAGGUUGUGUAAAAAUUUCAGCUCAAUCCGUCCACCACAAGAAAAGUUAUUAAGGAAAAUGUAGAAGAAGGGAAUUCAAAAAUUGGUGUAACGGCCAUGCAGCGGAAAAUUUCUUAGAAUGAAGUUAGUCACAUCAUAAAUCAUAUGGUUGAAGGGAGUUGAAGGGUUGUGUUUACUUUCUCACUUUACCAUCUCAGUGUCAGAAUUAUCGCGAAUAAGUAACAUAAACAACAUAAAACAUAAUUAGAAGCAUAUAAAUGUGCAAAACAAUAAAGAAUAUUCGAGAAAUAUUGCCAUUUAUCACGGUGCGGGAAGUGAGGGGAAUGUGGGGAAGUAGUGAAAAAAAAUAGCAGUUGCGGUCAACUUCGUGGCAAAUUUCUCACGAAGAAAGUGUGAAAAAUGAGUGAAAAAUGUUUUUCCCUAAUAUCUUCUUCUGCGUGUUUCCGGGUGGCGAAUUUGUGAUGCAAGGGGCAAGAGGACUAUAUAAGGAGUCUAAAGGUAGUGACCCGACAGUUCCCGGUUUUAUAGUUUAUGAGAAAAUCGACUUCCUUCUUGGGGUCGUUCAACGACCCCACCUUGGCGCUCUAAGGAAGCUCCAAGGUCUUGGCGGCCAGCAGGUUAAGUUAUAGCACGAAAUAUAGGGCUGGGGUCGUUCAACGACCCCGCUUGGCGGCCUAGAGGUUAAACCACACGGAAUAUAAGAAAAUUGCAAUUCAUAAGAAAAAAUUCUUGAACUGUUUCGGUCGUUGACAGUUUUCCAUAACCUAACUUUAAUUCAAAAAUAAUUUCAUAACCUCAAAUCUUGAAGUUAUCUCCCGGCAUUUUCCACAAAAAAAAAAAAAAAAAACAAUCUUAAAAUCUGCCGUAGGAUGUUUUUACAAAGAGUUGCGAGAAAAUUCCUGAGGAGGAACUACAGCAAAAAGGAGAACUUCCUAAUCCUCGGAAUUGAAACAUCGUGCGAUGAUACAGGAGCAGCUGUUCUUGAUAGUAACGGAAGGAUUCUCGGGGAAGCUCUGCAAUCUCAGCUUAGUGUUCACCUGAAGAAUGGAGGAAUAAUCCCACCACUUGCUCAGGACAUGCACCGGGAGAAUAUUGUCAGCGUUGUCAACAGUGCCCUGACCACUGCUGGUGUUGCCGUUAAGGACGUGGAUGCAAUAGCUGUUACAAAUCGUCCAGGAUUGCCACUGAGUCUGCUGAUAGGGCUACGGUAUGGAAAGCACUUGGCACGAAAUCAGGGAAAACCCUUGAUUCCCAUCCAUCACAUGGAAGCCCAUGCUUUAACUGUCCGGAUGACUACUGCAGUUGAUUUCCCAUUCAUCUGCCUCCUGGCUUCUGGAGGGCAUUGCCAACUGAGCCUUGUAAAGUCUCUGAGUGAAUUCUAUCUACUGGGUGAGUCAAUGGAUGAUGCUCCUGGAGAGGCAUUUGAUAAGAUUGCCCGACAGAUGAACAUUCACAAUCAUCCGGAUUAUAGAUCAAUGUCCGGAGGAGCAGCAAUUGAGACAGCAGCUAGGAAAGCAAAGAAUCCUGGGAGAUUUGAAUUCCCACUACCUCUGGCACAUAUGAGGGAUUGUCAAUUUAGCUUUUCAGGACUUAAAAAUUCCGCCAGGAGACACAUUCUAGCACAUGGGAAGGAAUUCCAAGUUGGCCCAGGCGAAAUGAUUCCCUACUUUGAGGACUUUUGCAGUGGAUUUCUUAGGGCUAUCACGAGGCAUCUCUGUCAUCGAACACAGAGAGCCAUGGAAUUCUGUGAAAGGGAAGGACUUGUGGAUGAAAAUGGAAUCAAGUCUUUGGUCUUUGGUGGAGGUGUUGCGUGCAAUGACUUUAUUUUUGAAGCUAUAUCCCAACUGGGUGAGAGCCGAGGGUACAACACGUAUCGUCCGGAAAAGAAGUAUUGCACAGACAAUGGAGUUAUGAUUGCCUGGAAUGGAGUGGAGAAAUUCAAGGAAGGAUUGGGUGUUGUGGAUGAUUUGGAUUCUGUGGACAUUGAACCUAAAUGUGCUUUGGGAACAUCCCUGGUGGACAAAGUAAAGGAGAGUCAUAUAGCCUGCAAAUGGGAGAAGAUUCCUCUCCUUCGGGAAGGUAUAAAUCAAGUGGUAGCGAAUUAAGGUUCAAGCUCCCUUUUUUUUAAAGAAAUCCUCAGACUAAUUAUCUGAGGGAAUAAGUUCAAAAGUGAUAAAAUAGUGCCCAAAAAGUGAUGAAAUUUCCUGAUUCCAUCAGCAAUCCCACAAAGUCCUGAGCCUGGAUUUUUUUUUCUUAUUAAUAAAGAAGGAAAGAAAUCGCUUUCUUUAGGAUUAGUUUAUUGACAAAACUUGUAUUAAAAUAUGUUAUUUAAAUAAAAUACUCGGCAAGUUGUCCAGGGAGGAUGAACUUGCUGACUUGAUCAAA